AUGUUUGAGAUAUUUGACACUCAGCCUUCUGGUCGCGCCUUUUGGGAAUGUUAUCUUGAUGAAAAGUCUCACGAACCUGUUAUGGCUUCCCUCGUACUUGACAGACCAGCCUAUCGAGAUAAAACUAGAACCCUGAACUUUGGUCGACGCUUUUGGGUCGACUACACGAUCGGAGAAGCGAUCGCAAACCAAGCCUUGUAUCGUGGCGAAUCUCAGUUACAAGGACCACCAAUGCACCGCGACGAGCUAUGUUAUGAAAACAGGAUGCUAUUAACAUUCGGAUCCCUGGUUCAAACGGAUUGUCAAUAUAUGAAUCCUUCUGAUGGAUUUCUACUGUUUUCUAUUUUAUUCGACGUUUAUUCACAUUGUCUUGGGUCAGUAGAUGACAGCCUGAACACGCGCCGUUCUUUUGCGAUGAUGGCACUCGCUGGUUACGAGGUUGGUAUUACGGAACAACUGAGAAGCCCUUUUCAAACGGGAUACUUAAACAGGAGAGGCAGCUGCGUGCUACUAAUGGUACUAAAUGAUGCAGCCCACAGAUUUGGGAUAUUACUCGCAGCGAACGCAGCCAAACCAUGCUGGAAAAAUGCCAACGGUUAUGGCACUGGACUACGCUUGUUCCUGUGUGCCUGUUACGCAACUCAUGCAACAACGUUGCAAAUUAGUAUCAUCACAGGCAGGAUAAGUCUAAUGACUAUCGGUAUUAAAACCUGGACACAAAGAUCGAGGAAGCAGGCAUUUAAGAUAGAGCACGAAGGGUUUAUUACCAACUUGAUCAUCUUGUUGGCGGUGCUAAGAGUCGGAAGGGUUUAUGACGUCGAACGAUGUCUGUUUGUUCGGUUAUCGCCUUCUCCAUUGCCCUCGUAUCAGGAAAAUGCAUUUGCCUCCUUGAUUCUCCACGGGGCAAACGAGAGUCGGUGGUCCUAUUAUGGAUUCAUCGAUGACUUCUAUGAAGGACAAGGCUGUGACGAGGGGACUCAGAAAGUGGGGGGUAGCUCAGAAGAAAGAGAGCAAGAUCACAGGGAAAGCAAACAACCACUCCAAAGACCAUCGACUUGGCCAUCACAUUCCAGACGGAAACGAUCAGCUAAUUCAGAAGGACACCCGGAGGAUAAUGAUGAUAACGGAUCAAAUGAGAGAAAUCCCCAUAAAAAGAGGCGUCUUGAGGCCGAGAAGGAUACGAGAUUUGCUUGCCCGUUCUUCAAGCACAAUCCUACCAAGUUCAUUGAUGAACGGUCGUGUUGCGGGCCUGGAUGGACCAACGUCCAACGAGUCAAGUAG